AUGGAUUUCCACACCCUCACCAGGAAGGCGCUCCAGGCUCUCUGCAAGCAGAACGGAAUCCCAGCCAACAUCACCAAUGUCGCCAUGGCCGAUUCUCUCUCCGCUCUUCAACAUGUUGAAGGACUGGAAGAGUUGUUGAACCAAUCUCCAGAGAAAAUCAUGAUUGGAUCAGCAAGUGUCUCUCGUACUGCGGCUAGGACUACCGCUAGGCGUGCUCCGACUAAGAAGACUGUUGGUGAAGAGGUGGAACAGGAAAAGACUGAGGUUCCACCAAAGACUCCUGCUGCUCCAAGCACCAGGAGGAGGGCUCCAGCUGCUUCAGCUCGCCAGAAGACGGAGACCCUAACAGAAACAGCCUCUGUGCAGCGCGCUUAUAGUACUAGGCGAUCAGUGAGGUUGUUGGGGAAGACCAUGUCGAACAUGACCAUGUCGAACAUGAGCCUGGAUAAGGAUAACACCAUGGCUUCUAGUAUUGAUGAACUUUCUGCAGAUACCAUGGAUUGCUCAGAGCAAUCUGAGAGCUCAGUUGUUAAGGGAUCUGAUAUGCAGACAGUAUCAGAAAAUGGAGUUGAUGCUCCUGAAGUGUUGUCGGAGCUCAAAUCAAAGGGACAAGUUAUGGAUGAAACUCCGGUGAAAGAUAGUAAGAUGAAUGUGACUGAAGUACAGAAAGAUGGUCCAACACAGGAAUCAGGAAUGGAAUCUGAGGAGUCUGCACCAAAGGCAGCUUCAGAUGCAGUUAUGAAUUCAGAGGUUAUGGAUGAAUCUAGUGAAGAGAGCUCAGCUGAUGAUAAGGUUAUCGCAGAAUCUCAUUGUGAAGGAGCACAAGAUUUGGUCAAAGAUUCCGAAGAUGUUGUUGAUGCUCAAUCUGCACUGCCACAACAAGUAAACGAACCACCAAGUGCUGUGAAAACUGUUGAGCUCAUUUCAUCAACUCUCAGUUCCACUCCUACUAAGAGCCCAGCAAGCAAAGUUUCUGAUGUGAAUGUGGCUGCCACCACAAUAGAGCCUAAAGAAGCUCCCAAGAUGGAGGCAUUGGGUGAUUACAGUGGAAAAUUUGAUUUCGAAUCAGGUUCCAGCACAGAAGGAGAUUCUGAGAAUGAGGGCACUGAAGAUGAGUCCGUGAAUGAAGCUUCUUCUGAACUUCAGGAUAACAUGAAUGAUAUCAGGGAAGCAAGUGAAGAAGAAGAUUCUGAUGAUGAAAGCACUGAAAGAGAAUCUAGUGAUGAGGAAGACUCUGAUGAUGACCUCACUGAAGAAGAAUAUAGUGAGGAUGAGGCUGUUGCUGAUAUAUCAGAAAAGCAAAGUGCUCAGAAGAGCUUGAUUGUUGACUCUGAUGAUGACAUCACUGAAGAAGAAUUUAGUGAGGAUGAGUCUGUUGCUGAUAUAUCAGAAAAGCAAACUUUUCAGAAGAGCUUGAUUGUUGAAAAUGCUGAUGCUAAUAUGAGUGAAGCAGCAGUAGUUGCCAAGGCUGAAUCAUUCUCACCCUUGCCGGUUAACAUUGCAACCCAGUUUCCCCGCCCAACUUCAGCAAAAUCUUCAGGCAAAAAGAGACCAGAAAGUGCAAUGUACAUCUCUGAUGACAAUGAUGAAAGCUUGGACACUAGCAAUAAGAUGGACAAGGAUGAGGACCUUGAGGAAGUUGAGAUGAAGAAGAAAGAUGAGGUCAUUGUUGGAAAGGAGGAGAUUGUGGAGGAAUUUAAGGCUACGAGUCUAAGGCAGCUGAAGAAACUGCUGAAAAGUAAACUGAAGAUUGAGGACAGCAAGGACACAAAGGUGGUAGAGAAGACAAGAAUUGCACUGAGCGAAGUACCAGUGAACCAAAUGAACGUCAAGGAAAACUGA